AUGUUCUCUUCUGGUUCGCCGCCAAAGCACUCGGCCAAGUCCUUUGCUAGCCUCAAAACAGCACAGGCAGAACAGCCACAAAGAUAUCAGCUGUUCCCCAAAGACAAGCCUCUACCUACACCAAAUAUCCCCAACCUAAGCAAGGCCUUGCCGAUUCCUCAAACAUCCGAUACCAAUGGCAGAGUCUCGCCCUUGGCUGGAAUCAGAAUACGUCUGAAUCAGAACAACCUAGUCAGACGCCGCAAAGUGAGCGUUCCCGAACUCGGGCCUAUGACAACAGUGCAAGAGGUUUCAAUGGACUCGCCUACGAUACCUGGCCGCCCAGCUCUGCACGAACGAUCUUCUAGUGCUCCAGACGAGAGCACCAUACUGGUUGGGCCUAUUGAUGAAAUACUCAAGAAGAACGUAAACACAAGCGACUUGACGAGAGCCAUCGAAGAUGCCUUUGAGCUCCCGACCACAAAACCACGAUCGUCUUCGCCGCGCAAGCUAGCUCCUCUAGUUAUCCCACCAACUAAUGCCCCGGCACCCAGACUACAGUCUAAGCACUCUAGCACCCAACUACGGUCAGGAAGCACACCGCCGACGGAGACUUCGCGAUCUGGUAGAUUCGAAACAGGCACGCCAACUGUUGGGCGCUUGACUGCAGCCUCUACCCCAGACAUGUCUGUCCCUCGAUCUGCCACAGCAACGGAAGCUACUACAUCUACUCUGCCUACCCCAAUCUCAGCACCGCUUCGCAGUUCUCCGCAGCCUUGGGAAGGCUGCAGCACUUCGAACGAAGACGGUAGCCGAACAUCGAACACACUGGGCCACAGACGCGCAGGGUCAGAGUCGUCCAGUAUGAUGGAUAGAGGCAGGCCCUCGAAGCGAAACGAGAAACACGGCAGUUGCAAAAACACGAAGAGCUCUGAGCGACGCGCGUUCGAAGAGCUGCCAACAGGGUGGAAGCCUUGUGAGGCUAUUAGCAAACUCAAUGCUAACGACGUUAUGGCGCUGCACAAGCAAGCUCUGGGGCAGGCGGAGAGAUUUGAAGUUCUCAAGGUGGAACACGUUGACGCUCUAUCAAAGGAGCUUCGCCAGCUGGAUGAUCGAACUGAGUAUCUGCGCCGCACUUACAGCUCGCUAAGAGCUGGUCGACGCAACCUCCACUCUCGCAUUUGCCAGUACCUUCGCUCACCUCGAGUCGCCAAGUUUAGCCAUGAUUCUAUGCUCAAGCAAGAAGAAGCACUUGCCGAGCUGGAUGCUUCCAUUGACGACUGGGUCACCAAGCUGGAGCAGGCCGAGAACAGGCGGACCAGGGUUCGUCAGAAGCUGUUGGAGCACGUUGCCGCCGCUGCCAUCCUCCCAGUCCCCGAUGGCAGCAUGAUGGUGUCGCCGUUUCAGACACAAGGCGCGUCAUGUCCGGGCAUCCGGGAUGUGUCCACCCCUCCCAGAAGCCCCACGAAGCAUGUUCCCACGUCGCCGCGCACCGGAAGCAACUCCCCCUCCCCGCAGCGCGUGGUGGCCCAGGUGCCCAGCACAAUCCUCGAGCACCCCAUCAUCGAGGAACAGGCCGCGGCCGGCAAGGACGUCGUCAGCCGCUCGGCGAGCACAGUGACCACAAAGGGGCGCACGGCUGUCGAGAGCAUACGCGUGUAUGCCGGCGACGACUUAUACGCGCUGCUGGCGGAUGUCGAGGACGAAAUCUGCCGACUUGGUGCGAGUCACGAAGAGGCUGCUCCCGUACCGGAACCGCGCAAAGAACAGGCACGAAAGCGCAGCCAGGAGAAGCUGAACGGAGAUGCAGCCAGCUCAACCAGUGUUGCUGCCGCUGCAUCGCCGUCGCCAGCAGAAGCAGUAGGCAGCGCGGCCCCUCCGGAGCCCCGUGCGCCGAAGAAAGACUUGAUCAAGGAAGCACAGAUGCUUCUUACCAAUGCUGUUUUCAAGCCUCGAGUGGCAGCAUGA